AACAGUAAAAUAAAAUAUAUAUACAUCGGUCCCACACUGGUUAUUAACCGAGCCUUCCAUUUUCGUUCUCUCUUCUUCUUUCCGCCGCAAUCACAACCGUUGAUCUUUUCUUGAUUCAUCAUGCCCGUUCAUCUCGCCGGAAGUUGAAGAAAGGAAAAAGAUGGUACGGUAAGGCUCCAGAACGAGAGAGUGAGAAUAAUCAAUGGUGUCUCCGGCGAAGUCGCAGCUAGUAUUAGAGAUCAACUUGAUCUCAGCACAAGGUUUGAAGCCACCGCCAUCACCACGGAGAAAGUUUCAAACCUACGCUCUCACGUGGAUCGAUUCUUCCACCAAGCUCCGAACACGAGUCGACAAAAUCGGAGGCCAGAAUCCUACAUGGAACGAUAAAUUCCUCUUCCGCGUAACGCCGGAGUUUCUUGCCAGCGAAACCGCAGGCGUCUGUGUAGCAAUCUACGCCGUUGGUACCUUCCGUGAUCACAUAGUCGGUACAGUCAGGUUCCUUGUCAGCAAUAUUCUCUCUUCGAACUCUGGUAACGGCGACGGCAACGGUGAUGGUAACAGAAGUCCCUGCUUCAGCGCAGUUCAAAUACGUCGGCCGUCGGGGAGUUUCUACGGCGUAAUGAACAUCGGAGCAAUGGUGGUAGACGGUUCUGGUUUUCCGGCACUGGAAAAAAUAUCGGCGAUAGGUUACCGUGAUCUAAUGGGAGAAAAGAUAAAAGACCGCCGGAGAAAAUUACCGGAACCGGAACUGAAACAGAAAGUGGCGGUGGCCGGAGAAGAAGUUUCGAGUGAAUCUUGCGAUAAUGACACGUGUGGUACGGAAUCAGUGGAUGAAACGGAGUCAUCAACGUCGUCUUCGUCACCCAAAACGACGGCGUUGCAGGAUUGGAAUGGAGUGAGAGAAUUGGCGGGAAACAAAGGGUUAGCGGGUGCAGGAUUCUUAUGCUGUUUGGUUGCACAGAGAAGUGUUCACUCUCUCUCUCCUACCACUACCAGGUAACUGUGAGAG